GUCAUCUUGUCUUUCCGUCCGUUCUCGUCAUUUCCCUCCGUUCCCCUCUGACGCCGUCAAACUGUUCAUGGAUCACCAGCGACAAUGCACUCCAUUCUUCAGCAGGAAGGCGGUAUAUGCGCGCAGUGCACAUGAAGCGAAUUCAAAAAUUCCUGCAGGUCACGAAGACCGCACGUGGCACACUAACAAACCCAUCCUCGCCUCCUGCUCUGCCGACAAGAACGUCAGGCUGUACAGCUGCUCUCCUUCUUUCGACCCCGGUGCGUCCGAGGCUUCGUCCGUGAAGUUUUCGCAUACCACGACCAUCUCGACCGGGCACGCGAAGACCGUCCGCGCGAUUGCAUGGUCGCCCUCGGGCAAAACACUAGCAGUGGCUUCGUUUGACUUAAGUAUUGGCGGAUGGGCAUAGGAAGGUGGUGAAGAUGGAGAGGAUGACGUGUGUAAUCCAGUAGGGGAAUGAGAGUGCAUGAGCCUCUUGGAGGGCCAUGAGAUGGAGUGAAAGAGCGUGGCGCACUCGAGUUCGGGGAACCUCGUUGCGAGCUGCAGUCGCGACAAGCCGACGUGGAUAUGAGAAGGCCGUUCGGACCAUGAGGUGUAUGAAGGUGCUCAUGGGGCACACACAAGACGUGAAGGCCGUCUCAUGGCAUCCGACCGAAUGGGUCAAUCGCCCUCUUUCCCUUCUGUCCUCCCUUCUACCCAUUUCUCUCAACCGGCCACAGAGCGCAGAUCCUCGCAUCCGCUUUCUACGAUGACACGAUUAAGCUCUACAUCGAUAUCCCCCAGGAAUUUCCGGUAUUGCUUCCAAACCCUCUCCGGACACGGUUCGACGGUCUGGGCGCUCGCUUUCCUAGACGGCCACUUCCUCGCUUCAGUUUCCAACGACACGACUAUCAGGAUAUGGGAGCGCGUGCAGGAGCACAAAUGGGAGGGCAUAGACACGCUCUCGGGGCCUGAACGGAGCGUGUACUCGAUCAGUUGGGCAGUCGGGAAGCGUUUUGGUUCAGGUGAUGCUGGAAGCCUUGGAUGGCUCGCAAGCACCGGUGGUGAUGGUAUUUGCAACAUCACUCGAGGCGCGCCCCUGCAUGCUAAGUUCCGCUGAUUAUAUUACGGACCCCUCUGCUCUUGUCCCGCCGCAUUCCGCCUCCGCCCUCAGACACGAUCUCCUGCCGUAAAACACCUCGACAAGGACCGUCUCCACUGUAUUUCCUGCUUAUCGCCCUGCAUCCACGCCUGCAUCCACUGAACCUCUAUCGUGAUGACCUUCCCUCUCACCAUCCCCGGCGCGCCCUCCGCUGGCAACUGUCC